AUGUUUACAAGCGAUGAAUGGGAAUCAUGUAGACUUAGCAACACCGUUAAAGGGAAAGCCGCAUAUGACACGGUGGUAAAUGCCACAUUUUGGACCGGUGUAGCAUUAUGUUUAAAGGUUUUUGCCCCUUUGGUCAAAGUUCUUCGGAUGGUUGAUGCGGAUCGAAAGCCCUCAAUGGGUUUUGUAUAUGGUGAGAUUCAAAAUGUGAAACAAGAAAUUAUUAAUGCUUUGGGCAACAAUAAAAAAGCGUAUGAGCCUAUUAUGGAUAUCAUUUCGAAAAAGAUGAAAGGUAGGCUUGAUACACCCCUACAUUUGACGGCUUACCUUUUAAAUCCAUAUUAUCUUUAUAAGAAUCCGGAGAUCCAAAAUGAUAUUGAUGUGACCAAUGCGAUUGUUGAUUUUGUCGAUACAAUAUAUCCGGGAGAUCAUUCUUUGCAAAACCAUAUCGUGAUGAGCACUUUUGAAGGGGUACAUACAAAGAAAAGAAAUAGAUUAGAGACGUCUAAAUUGAACAAUCUUGUUUUUGUUCAAUUUAAUGCAAAUUUGAUGGAAAAUAACAAGAAAAUGAAGACUAAGGAUAUCGAAGUACUUUUAGCAAAAUAUGCAAGUGAGGCUCAAGAAUGGAUUGUCGAAAAUGAUGUAUUGUUGGAUGAAGUUCAGCCCGAUGAAGCUAUAGGUGACGAGGAGUUUUUACAAAAUCGUAGAAGUUCUAGAUUGAGAGAACUUGAUGAGGAAGAAUUUGUGUCGGAGGAUGAGGAAGAACUAAAUGAAGAUGUUGAAUAUGAAUCGGAUGGAGUUAACAUCAACGAAAAAAUCGGAGCUACAUUGGAAAAGGAAGAUUAA